AUGCUGACGCGCUCCCCUCUGUCCUCAAGAGAGGCUGCUGCCUACUGCCUGAUUUCUGAUUUCAAAAUCGCGCUUGGGCACCGGGCCUUGCAGCCGCGGAGGCGGAGGCAGCGGGCGAAGACAGUGCGCAGUCUGUGCCACCACCUCCGGUCCCCGGCGUGCGGGGCCACAGCCGGGCGCAGGGCGCGGAGCCGACUGGGAUCAGCAGCUUCCCGCCUCUGCUCUCCGGGCCGAAGGCCGCGCCUCCCCCGCGCCCGGGGCGGUCUUCGCGCUCCAGCCCCGACGCCGCCGCCGGCGCCAUCCGCAGGCUCGUUGGCGCUGGCCCGCCUCGGCCUCCGCGGGCGGCCCCGGCCCGGGUCGCUCGGGGUGGCCGCGCUGGGGGAGGUCGCGUGGCGACGCGCGCGGCCCGGGCGGCGCCGGCGGCUGCAGCAGGUGGGCACCGUGGCGCGGCUCUGGAUCUACCCGGUCAAGUCCUGCAAGGGGGUGCCGGUGAGCGCGGCGGAGUGCACGCCCCUGGGGCUGCUCAGCGGCCACCUGCGGGACAGGUUUUGGCUUGUGAUCAAUAAGGAGGGGAACGUGGUUACUGCUUGCCAGGAACCUUGUCUGGUCCUAAUUUCCCUAACCUGUGAUGGUGACGCCCUGACUCUCAGUGCAGCCUACACGAAGGACCUGCAGCUGCCCAUCAAAACACCCACCACGAACGCAGUGCGCAAGUGCAGAUAUAAUGACAAAUGUGAUGCUCACUCAGAUGCCAGCCCAUUCUCCAUCCUUUCUGAGGCGUCGCUGGCGGAUCUCAACUCCAGGCUGGAGAAGAAAGUUGAAGCAGCUAACUUCAGGCCCAAUAUUCUAAUCUCAGGAUGCGGUGUUUAUGCAGAGGAUUCUUGGGACGAGCUUCUCAUUGGGGAUGUGGGACUGAAGAGGGUGAUGGCUUGUUCCAGGUGCAUCUUUACCACAGUGGACCUGGACACCGGCAUCACGAGCAGGAAGGAGCCGCUGGAAACACUGAAGAGUUAUCUCCAGUGUGGCCCUUGUGAGCAAAAGUUGUAUGGCAAAUCGCCUCUCUUUGGACAGUAUUUUGUUCUGGAAAGCCCAGAGACAGUGAAAGUGGGAGACCCCAUGUACCUGCUGGGCCAGUAA